AUGUCCCAGGCCGCCUCCAAUCCCUUGCUGAUAUGUGGAGACUUCAACGCGCCGCACACGCAAUGGGGAUACGGAGCUGACUCGCCGAAAGGGAAGAGGCUAGCCGGACUGAUGGACGAGCUCGGCCUGACCGUACUCAACGAACCGGCUUCGCACACCAGGAUCGGACAGGGAGUGUGCCGCGACACAUCCCCCGACCUCUCCGUCUGGUCGGGCGCGGACGCGGUCACUUGGUCGAACUCUUUCGAGGACCUGGGGAGUGACCACAGAAUCCUGUGUGUGACCGUGGGAGAGAAUGAAAGGCCGCCGAGGAGGCGGAAGAGGCCGCCAAAGCCACCAGCUCCGCCGGCAAGUCCCGCUCGAGAUCCAGGACCCGCAGCCGAGGCCGCUCCCGGUCCCGGAGCCGCACCCCGGACCCCGGGGGUGCACACGGCGGUGCACGCGGUGCACACGGCGUGGGGUUACAAGCACGAUCAGCCCAAAGGCACGCAUCUGUGGGCAACGGUGCAAUACGCCGGACUCGAGCUCGUCACCGAUCCCGCGGCACCAACAAGGCAGGGCAACAGCGUCAGCACGGACACGACGCCGGACCUUACUUUUACGUGCAACACACGCCAAGUCACUUGGACAAACACCAUGCAAGACUUGGGAAGCGAUCACUACAUCAUUUGCAUAACGGCAGAAGACGGCCCGCAGGAACACAAUGCCGGUCGCCAAAUGAAGAUCACCAACUGGAAUCAACUACGCAAACAUCGUGACAAGCAACAGGUGGCAGACAUCAAAGACAUAGACCAAUGGACCGACCAACUGCGGCGGGACAUCGAGCGCGUGACGCAAACGAUGCCGUCAAAAGCUGGGCUCGAUGCAAUAGACUCCCGGUUACUGCACAUAACAGCUCGCAUGCGAGUGGGACAACUAGACUCAGAUCAAAUCAACAUCGGGAGCUCGGGCACCCCGCAGGGCUCGGUCAUCUCGCCGAUGCUCUUCAACCUCGUCCUGCUGGGAUUACCCGACCGAUUGGUGCAAAUCGAAGGACUGCACCACACGCUAUACGCGGAUGAUAUUACGAUCUGGACGACAACGGGCAGCGACGGAGCGAUCGAGCAACGUUUACAGCAGGCCAUCCAGUGCGUGGAAAACUACCUCGUGGGCACGGGACUCACCUGCUCGGCCGAAAAAUCCGAACUGUUGCUAUAUAGACCGGUCAGAAAGGGGCGCCCACCUAAAGGCUACAACCCCCCGGAAAAGGAAGAGAUACAAUUAACGGCAUCAAACGGCCUACCCAUCCCGAUGGUAGAAAAGAUUCGGGUACUAGGAAUGAUGAUUGAACACAAGGACGGCAAUGGCGAAGCACUUCGCAAGAUAACAUCAAAGGCCACCAGCACGAUGCAGCUCAUCCGACGCAUCACCAACAAACACGCGGGCAUGCGCGAAGGCAACGUCAUACGACUUAUACAAGCCUUCGUUAUUUCUCAAAUAACGUACACGGCAGCGUUUCACAACUGGACGGUUGCGGAAAGGAACAAGCUCAACGCCUUCGUACGCAAGGCGUACAAAUGUGCGUUGGGACUUGCGCCCGGAGUGAGCACCACCAAGCUCCUAGAACUAGGCUUGCACAACACGCUCGAGGAACUCGUGGAGGCGCAACAAGUGUCCCAACUCGAGCGGCUAUCCAAGACCCGCCCGGGCAGGCACGUGCUCGAAAAGCUCGGCAUCACAUACCACACGCAGCACGGCGUCAAAGUGGAAAUUCCAAGAACCAUGCGCGAGCAACUAUACGUGCCCACAUUGCCUCGCAACAUGCACCCCCAACACCACACGGGGAGACGUUAAGCCAGGGCACAACACAUGAACCAAAGUUACUCCAACGACAAGGAGGCAGUCUUCACCGACGCAGCCCGUUAUCGAGACAGGAAGAGUUUCGUGGCGGCAGUUACUAGCCACCGAGGUAACCACCUCACGAGCGUCACCGUGAACACGGCAUAUGCCGAAGCGGCAGAGGAAGCGGCCAUAGCACUGGCCCUCACACAAACCAAGGCUAGAUACGUGAUCUGCGAUUCGCAAACGGCAAUUCGCAAUUUUGCAAAUGGGCGCACAUCGCAAGAGGCGUAUCACAUACUCAAGCGACAUCCCAUACACCAGGGAGAGGCCGACGUCGAUAACCGAAGGCACUUGCUAUGGAUCCCGGCACACACUGGACUGAGCACCCCCAACGAAGCGGCUCACCGCGUUGCUCGAGGCCUCACUCACCGAGCAUCAUCGGAGAAAGAGCCCCCGCGGGGUACUGCAAACGUCUGGGCGUGGGAGGAUCGUUUGACCAGGUUCCACGACAUCACGACACACUACCAGUUACAGAGACGCGUAUAACCAUUCCCUCACGCUAAGUUAGAGAGGGCGCAAGCAGUACACUACAGGCAAUUACAAACUGAUUCUUACAUAAACCCAAGACUCAUGCACGCCAUGUAUCCAGACACGUACACUACAAACAGAUGCACAUCCUGUGGCGAG